AUUAGUACAUGUAAUAAUAAAGACAUGUCUCUUUUCAUUUUGUUUUUGGAGAAAAGCCAAGUGUGAUUAGAUUUUAAUGUUCCUCAAACUGCAUUUUAUCUACCCUGCCCUGCAGGGUGAUAGCUAUUUGUGGACGUGGACAUGGAAACGGACAAGACAGCAAUUGCCCUUGAAGCUCAGCAAUGAAACCAUUGACUUGGAAGAUAUCCCCGUUGAAGAAGUUUCUGAGAAGUUGAAAUGCACCAGGGAGGGUCUAAGCUCUGAUGAAGUUAAGAAGCGGCUGGUGCUCUUUGGUUAUAAUAAACUUGAAGAGAAAAAGGAAAGCAAAAUAUUGAAAUUUUUGGGCUUUAUGCGGAAUCCUCUUUCAUGGGUUAUGGAAGCAGCCGCAUUCAUGGUCAUCACUCUCCCACAUGGAGGGGGAAAGGAUAUCAAUUAUUAUGAUUUUGUUGUCAUUUUGGCAUUGCUAUUGCUCAAUUCUACAAUUAGUUCUAUAGGGGAAAACAAUGCUGGAAAUGCUGCUGCAGCCCUGAUGGCACGUCUAGCUCCAAAGGGCAAGGUAUUGCUUGAUGGGAAAUGGAAUGAGGAAGAUGCUUCUGUAUUGGUUCCCGGAGACAUUAUCAGUAUCAAGCUAGGAGAUAUUAUCCCUGCUGAUGCCGCCCUUACAGGUGAGUCACUACCUGUAACAAAAAAUCCUGGUGAUGGAGUUUACUAUAACUCAACAUGUAAACAAGGCGAAAUUGAAGCAGUUGUUAUUGCAACUGGAGUGCAUACUUUCUUUGGAAAGGCAGCUCAUCUUGUGGAAACCACAACUCAUGUUGGGCAUUUUCAGAAGGUCUUAACUGCAAUUGGGAACUUCUGUAUUUGCUCCAUUGCUGUUGGAAUGGUGAUUGAACUUAUUUUCCUAGCUGGCGUUCAACAUAAGAGAUAUCGCCCUGUCAUAGAUAACCUGCUAGUUAUACUCAUUGGUGGUAUCCCAAUUGCCAUGCCAACUGUUCUUUCAGUCACUUUGGCCAUUGGCUCUCAUCACUUAUCUCAACAGGGUGCCAUAACAAAGAGGAUGACAGCUAUUGAGGAAAUGGCCGGAAUGGAUGUGCUUUGCAGUGACAAAACGGGCACACUAACUCCUAACAAACUCACUGUGGACAAAAAUUUGAUAGAGGUUUUUCCUGAUGGUGUUGACAAGGAUUUGGUGAUUUUGAUGGCUGCAAGAGCUUCAAGGUUAGAGAAUCAAGAUGCUAUUGACGCUGCGAUAGUUUCAAGGUUGGGUGAUCCUAAGGAGGAGAUACCUGCUGGUACCAAAGACAGUCCUGGAGGACUAUGGGAAUUUGUUGGUCUUCUGACUCUCUUUGAUCCACCCCGUCAUGACAGUGCUGAGGCUAUUAAAAGAGCCCUGGAUCUUGGUGUCAAUGUUAAGAUGAUUACAGGUGACCAACUGGCAAUUGGAAAGGAAACAGGAAGAAGACUUGGAAUGGGUACAAACAUGUACCCUUCAUCUUCUCUGCUUGGUGAUAAGAAGAAUGAGGCAGUUGGAGCAUUGCCUGUAGAUGAACUUAUAGAACAAGCUGAUGGUUUUGCUGGAGUUUUUCCUGAGCACAAAUAUGAGAUUGUGAAACCACUACAAGCAAAGAAACACAUAGUUGGAAUGACAGGUGAUCGGGUAAAUGAUGCCCCUGCUUUGAAAGUAGCAGAUAUAGGGAUUGCUGUUGCAGAUUCAACGGAUGCUGCUAGAAGUGCUUCAGAUAUUGUUUUGACAGAACCUGGACUAAGUGUGAUUAUUAGUGCUGUUUUAACAAGCCGUGCAAUCUUUCGAAGGGUGAAGAAUUGCACAUACAGUGACAAACCUCAUAUAUUCAGUUAUGAUUUUGUUCUAGGUACUAUCAUGACAAUAUCCAAAGACAGGGUCAAGCCAUCACCAGUUCCUGAAAGUUGGAAGCUCAGUGAAAUUUUUGCAACGGGGAUUGUUAUAGGCACUUACAUCGCACUUGCGACUCUUUUGUUCUUCUUGACAGCUUUUAAGCAGAUUUCUUCUACGUUAAAACAACAUUUACCUGAUGACUUGCUAGGGCGGGUCUCUCCUCCUUGUUAUUGCGUUUGUGCUGCUCAACUGAUUGCAAGUGUGAUUUCUGCUCAUGCAACAUGGAAGUUCACUGGAAUAAAAGUGAUUGGAUGGGGCUGGGUUGGUGUUCUUUGGCUGUACAACUUGUUAUCAUUGAUGCUCCCUGACCCCAUUAAGUUUGCUGUCCGAUAUGCACUCAGUGGGAGAGCCUGAGGCCUUGUUGUCAACAAAAAAGUGAGUAAACCAAAACCUCUCUAUCAUGAUUCAAUUAUUAUAAGUUGGAUAUAUUAUUCAAAUAAAUUUAGUUCAUCAUUUUCGACAUUUUUUUUCUGGAAGCUUUCCAAUUUGAGUUCUUCCUUGGUUGCCAGACUGCUUUAACCACUCAAAAGGACUUCUUUCUUUUCUUUUCUUCUUCUCUUUUGUUUUUUUUACUUAAGGAGAAUUGUUGGGAAUAGAGGAAGUAAUACUUGAGAAUAGAUCUUAAGACUUUUA